CAAUAAAUCUGAGAUCCUCUCUUCCCUCCUCUUUUUUAUCGAGGGGCCGGCGCUGACAUCAUUGUCACCGCCGAUGCAUGACCCCCGUCGACGUUGCGAAACUGCAACUGCUACUCAUCUUUGUUUGGAUUUUAGGUCUGUGAUUUUCAGGUUCCUCGGCUCCAUCUUUGCAUCCUCCGGCGUCCACCACCACCAACACUUCCGCGGGAAACCGGCAAGUAUGGACAGGCAGAAGUCUUUAAGCCGGGACAUCAGCCAUGCGGCCGACGAGACUUAUCUAGUCACGCGACUUACCUUCACUCUCCUCCGAUAUCUCGGGGUAGGCUACCGGUGGUACACAAUAUUACUUGCCCUUGCUUGUUAUGCUUUGCUUCUUAUGCCUGGUUUUCUUCAAGUUGCAUAUUAUUAUUUUUUCUCAAGUCAAGUGCGACGGAGUAUUGUUUAUGGAGAUCAACCGAGGAAUAGGUAUGUGAAUAUGUGACACAAGUUCUUACAA